AUGGAACCAGAAGUGGAGCACGGCGGUGGUGGCAUUGACGGAGGAGCGCCGACGAGUGAAAGCGGAGUUUUGAGGAUCUAUGUCGGAGGAUUAGGUGAAAAUGUAACCGUCGAUGAUUUGAAGAAGACGUUUUCUUCACCUCAAUUAGGCGCCGUGAAAUCUGUUGAGGUGGUUCGGACCAAAGGCCGCAGUUUCGCUUAUUUGGAUUUCUGUCCCUCUUCUGAUAAAGGCCUCGCCAAACUCUUCAGCACGUAUAAUGGUUGUAAAUGGAAAGGUGGAAAGCUGCGACUGGAGAAGGCUAAGGAACACUAUAAACUUCGGUUGAAACGUGAGUGGGAGGAAGAUGCUGAACUUGCUACUAUUUCCAACAAAUGCGUCGAUGGUGCUGUUGAAAGCAUAUCUCCUCCAGAAAAGCUGGUGAAGGGUCACAACUCAGACGAUCUGCAGCUUAGAAUUUUCUUUCCCAAACUAAGGAAGGUAAAACCUGUACCUUUUAAAGGAACUGGAAGGCACAAAUACAGUUUCCAACGUGUAUAUGUUCCUGCCGCCCCAAAGCACUUUUGCGAUUGUGAUGAGCAUUCUGUUCCUUCAGAUGUAGACAGACGAUCUUACAAUCAAGAGAACGAAGGUGGUGGAAUGAAGGAAGAAGAGCUUAACAUGAUGGAGGCUGUUAUGAACAAACUUUUUCAGCAUGAAAAAGUUUCAGAGACAGCAUCCAGUGACAUCAAAAUUGCAACAGAUUCACAGACCUUGACAAACUCAAAUGCUGAUCUUCUAGUUGAUGAAGAAGCAGAUGAAACCUCUGAUGACGAUAAUCUUGUAAUCAACAUAGUGGGGCGGUCAGACAAUAAAAUCACGACGGGUUUGGGACAGAAAACAAUUGCCACACUGGGGGAGUUACAAGCUUCUCAACUAGAACCAUUGCGUAAAAAGCGAGGAAUCCAGGGUGAGAAAACUGUCCAAUCCAAGAAGAAAUCUAGAGCUGCUCUAGAUGGUGAAAGUGAAGGAACUGGUGAAGUCUGUGUGACUGAAAGGAAGGACAAUUCAUGUGAUACUUCUGCUGUCCUGGAGACUGACUCAGGCAUUCAAUCUGUAAAACCUGCUUCUGAAGUUCUGCACUCAAGCCACGACAGUCUGCCAGCAAAAAGGUUUUCUUGGAGGGAUCUGGUUAGUGGGAAGGAUGAUGGUUGUUUUCGCAUUUCACAUGUCAUUCCAAGUAGCCUUCCUGGGUCAGAUAAGCAACGUAAACCUGAUGAUUCUGAUAUGUCAAAUCAAGAAAAUCAGAGAAUCAAUAUAUCCAAAGACGUGGUAAACAAAUCUUUCGAAGGUAUUCCUCAGGUGGCCAUAGCAGAAGCUAGUUCGGCAGAGAAAAGUAUGCCAACAAUACAGAAAUUUUCCUGGAAACAUCUUCUUGAUGGUUCGGGUGAGACCUCCUCAUUCAGCAUUUCACAAAUUGUUCCUACAAAUAAUUUAGAAAAACAAGAGGUCGUAGAAGUUAAAGACAGCGGUAGUUCAGCUUUGUUAAAUAGUAGUAGACAGCAUGAGGUUGAGUUGAAUCCUGGUGAAGCUAACCUGGAUUCAUUGAAUCCCAUAAAUAUGGUGGAAGGCGGAAUAUCAGGUGAGGAAGCUCGCACUCCACAACUACGCAAGAGACAGCAGACACCUGCAAAACUCACUUCUCAAAGAGGUAAUGGAGCAGCAGAAAUAUUCAGUUUCAAGAGGAGUAAUGAUUCCCUGAAAGAAUGGAAAAUGGCUAAAGCAGCAUUAAGUGGUUCGCAUAAGAAAAAGGGAGUGAGGCUGCAGACUGAAAAAGCACAGGUAUUGCAGGGAUCACAUGAUAUUGAUAGCUUGUCGAGGAACCCUUCUUUGAGGUGUACUUCCAUGAACAUAGCAGAUCCACUGGAGGCAGGGCCUGAGUGA